AUGCAAAUCACCCGGUACCUUGCCCCCGCCGUGCUGGCCACGGCCGCCGUCGCGGAGACGCAGUUCUGCGGCGCGCCGAACGACUACGAGGUGCUCAUGGGCACGCCGUGGAUCGUGUACUCGAUGAACUACAACUACAAGUCCAUCAGCGGCUCGUGCUGCACGGGGUACGCGGGCACGUCGGGCUCGGGCGACGCGCAGCGCAUCGAGUGGAGCAGCAUAUGGAAAAUAGACCCGACGGUGAACAAGGACGUCGUCAAGGGGUACUCGUUCAUCGGGCUCACGCAGAACCUGGAGACGCGGCUGAGCGACAUCGCGAGCAUCCCGAGCACUUACGACUGGACUGUGUCCAACACGUCUGCAUACAAGGGCAACGUGGUGUACGACUUCAUGACUUCCGACACCAAGGGCGACAGCACGUCGUCGGCGGCGCAGGAGCUGAUGCUCUGGCUACGGUACGAGGGCGGGCAGGUGCCGAUCGGGUGGGCGGAGGGCCCGACGGCGACGAUUGACGGGCUGUACGGCAAGGACGGGUGGAAGCUGUACCAGGGCAAGAACACGGACACGGGCAUCACGGUGUCGUCGCUGCUGGUGCCGGAGGACAGCCAGUUCGGCGAUCUGGAGAGUGGCGCGUUCGAGGGAGACAUCAAGGACUGGCUCGUGGCGCUGGCGAAGCAGGGCGUCUUCUCGGAGAGCACGUAUGUCAACGUCGGCAACGCGGGUAUGGAGCCGUACUGGGGGACUGUCACGUUCAACAACACGCUCGGCUUGAGAAUUAACCUUUAG